CACGCAAGCCAGCGGCGCCCCGCGCCUCGCCGCCGCCGGCCACGCUUCUCUUCCUCCGCCGCCGUGUCGGAUCGUUUCCUCCGUUGUUGAAGAAGCAGUUCGGGGUGGGGAAGACGGAGGCGGCGGAGGGCUUGUUCGGCGACCCACAGCUCAGCUCCCGAGCGAGCGAGCGAGCUGGCCUAUGAGAGAUGGAAUUUUAGUGCUAUCAGCUGCCAGAGGAUAGACUGGAGUAACUUAUAUUAAUUAUAGAAUGGGUGGGUGCUGUUGUUCAUCGACAAGAUCUGCAUCUGUUGGUGCACCAGUUUAUAUCUAUCAUCAACAAAAUCCUGCCACGGCGAUAGUUGCAGUAGACAAAAAUCUGGAUACAUCCACUCCUGACACUUACAGGGCACCACCUGCACCUUUGCCUUAUGAUGUUGGUUUGAUUUUGGCAGAUAACCCUGAUCUGGAGAAGUCAGGCAUUAAGAGGAAAAUUAAUGAUCAUCAGCAGCCCUUAAUGAUGGAUGAGAAUGAGUCAUUGAAAAAGUGUCUCUCUGAAGAUAAGCCUGAUGAGGAGGAUGUUUGCCCAAUCUGUCUUGAAGAAUAUGAUGAAGAAAAUCCCAGCUCUAUAACUAAAUGCCAACAUCAUUUUCAUCUUUGCUGCAUACUUGAUUGGAUGGAGCGGAGUGAAACUUGCCCAGUUUGUGACCAGAUAACCUCGAUCGAUUCAAUGUAUGAAUAGCCUUGAUGACCCUGGUGGAUCCUCUCUUGAAGCUCAUGGCUGUUCAGUCGGUUUGAAAGAAGUCCUUUGAUGGGGAAGCACAAUGAACAACUACUAUGCUCUUGACAUUGCUUUGGUCUUUUUUGGUGGAAGGAUUGAACUAAGGAGACAAAAGACAUGAAAUGUGUUGAAAUCAACACUUUUUUUUGUAACUUUUGUGUCAAUAUUUGGCUAUUUACAGCACUUAGCAACAGGAGGAUUAGGAAAAUGCUUUGGUUGCAAUAUUUUUACCAGUCACAGGUUCAUUCAGUCGAAGUCCAAACCUUUGAAAUCAACUCUUUUGAACUUAGGACGUCUAUUACUUCACUUUCAAUCCAGCUAGUGCCUGUGUAUACCAUACAUAACAUAGGUGACAAGGAAAAAAUGAUCGUAGUUACUAGUGUAGGCUUCAUUUGUAUACUCCUAGUUGGACAAGCUCCUGAAUACAUGCCCUUCCUAGUUCUAUAGACA